AUGUCCUCCCUCCGCCUGGCCGGCAAGCACUGCGCUGUCGUUGGAGCGACUGGCAUUCUCGGCCGUCACAUCGCCAAGGCCUUCGCUUCCAACGGUGCCGUCGUCUCUCUCCUCGGCCGAACCGCCGUUGCAUCCCGCCACGAGCUCGAGCGCGAUCUGGUCACGUACACGCCAUCGUCAUCCCCUGAUGCGGAGAUACCCACGGCCCAUCGGUUCAUACGUUUGGACGUGGCCGAUCCGGCCGCGAUAAGGACCGUCUUCGCCGGAAAUACCGGGCGGGGAUCGGCACCUGCGUCCAUGGCCGAAUCGGACGCUGCCGCCAAGCCGACGGAUCUGGCCUCUGUCGGAUCGCUCGAUGUCCUUGUCAACUGCGCCGGCAUUUCGCAGACGACACUUCUCAGGCGUACAUCUGACCCGGAGCUUGCCAGCAUCCUCGACACGAACCUUCUCGCCACGAUGCUCGUGUGCAAGUAUGCCAAGGUCCGUCCUGGCGGGUGCAUCAUCAACAUCGCCAGCCUCAUGGCCACCAAGGGAGGGCUUGGUGCCACUGCCUAUGCAGCCUCCAAGGCUGGUGUGGUCGGCUUCACCCGUGCCCUCUGCCGUGAGAUGUCCGCCAGAUCUAUCCGCGUCAACGCCCUGCUGCCGGGAUGGGUUCAGAGCCCCAUGUGGGAUCGUGAGUACACCUCCCGAGAUGAUUUUGCGCCAAGUUUUCGUCGUCAUCAUGAACACCUCCCAACCCCCAAUCCGCUUCUUCCGUUUGCUGAUAUUCUUUCCCGCCAUCCCUCAGAGCUAAAGGCCGAGUUGAAGGAGGCCCAUCUUCGAGAUACCCCCCUCCACCGCGUGGCAGAUCCUGCCGAGGUCGCCGACGCGGCCAUCUUCCUUGCCGCCAACGGGUUUGCGAACAACUGCGUGCUGAACCUUGACGGCGGUUUGAGCGCGGCCUGA